AAUCACAACCGUCCGAUCAACACAUCAAUUCCAGAACCGGCUCAAUUUCAUCAGCGAUUUUGAUAAUCAGCACAUCAACCAGUAACUUCCACCGCACCAGUGCCGUAGACGAUCUAGCUUAGAAUUUCCCAUCCGCCGAAGCCCAUACAUAUAAAUAAACCCCGCGCUCAUAUCCAUGCGGCCCCCUAUUUUCUAUGAGACUCGAGACUUCCCGAUCAAUUGGAUUCCCAACCUUUUCUUUCCAGCUUUUUCAUCGCUUUUUUCUGCCAGAUUACUCAGAAAUUCAGAGAUAUAAGAGAGGUCAUUACUGUUGACUCGUUCGCUUCUGUGUGAUAGGCUUGCUUACGCUGAACCUUCCUUUAGACUGGUGGUUUUUUAACUAGUGCUGAUUAAAACAUUCAGCAGCCAUUCAAUUAAGCUGCCUGCAUUACUGUGCAGUACUUUGCACUUGUCACGAAUAUGCUUCAUCUUUCUUCCUGCUGUACAAAUAAUAAUAGGAUAUGGCAUGAGCUGAAGUCAAGUAUAUGUGAUAGUUUUCAGAGCUCUCUAGUCUAGUUCUGGAAAUAGUUUUCAGAGCUCUCUGGUCUAGUAUACGUUAAAGAUUGAUAACUAGACAUUUGGAUUGUCAUGCAUGCGCGCACAAAAAACCUUCGAGCCUUCCAAUGUACGAAUUUGAUCCCAGGUUUAGAAUCCCAAAAAUACCAUCACAAUUUUAUUGAAAUGCCAGCCUAAUAGAAAAACAAUAAAAAGAAAAGAAAAAUCAAUGAACCCAUAUCUUACAGGAUAUAAAAGUACCAAGCUCGGCUACGGUUGCAAUUCUCAUUGAUUGUGGACCGGUUAUUACCAUAAUAUUGAUCAAUUUGAGGGGUGUUUGGUUAGGGAUGGGAUCGGUUUGCUGGUAAUUUAGAGGAAUUUUUCGUGGCUUUUUAUUGGGAGUUUGGACCGGUUACUUUGUAAUUUUGCUGAACUCUGGCGGCAUUUGUUUGCUGAAUGGUUUUUGGGCAGAUUUGUGUCUCUUCUCUUUCCCUUUUCCUCUCCGUCGCUUUGCCAUCUCCACUUUCUGUCCCGCUGCCCUGCUUCAACACAAUUUGGCCCCCGCCCCCCGCUUCCCAAUUCUCUAAUUCUUAACCUAAUCUUUUCUUCCACUCCCACUCCUACUCUAGAGCAUUCUAUCAGCCACGUCAGGCUUUCUUCCCACUUUGAUGUAGUGGACCUGAGGCUACCUGAAUUUCUGUGUUUUCCAUUUAGGCCCGUUUAUUUGCAAGGUAUGUCGGGAGGGGAGAGAUGAGGUUUCUCUGUUAAUCCAAUCGGUGGAUGGUCCAGCAUAAAGCAAAAGGAUUUAGAGAGGUUUCUCUAUAUACUAUUGAUGAGGUUCUAGCUGGUAGGUAUAUUGGUGCAAGCCCCAGCAAAUUUUAAGUAUUUGGACAUCUUUCCCAGUAAGUGUUAGUUGAUUUUUUUGACACUUGGCAUCCUUCGCUUGGGCAUAAGCGUAGGUGGUAGCCUCUUCCUUCACAAGCGCUUGGUAUACACCCGCCCCUCGCCUUCUACCUCCUCCACCAUCUCGUGUUAUUAGUGGUUAAAAUCUUUUGCCACUGUUCAAUACUGCUUGAUCCCUCCCUCUUCCUGGCUACCAUCGUUUGUGAGAUUGGCAAGGGUUUGAAAAUCUCAGUAGUGCAUGCGCUUCAAGCUGCCUCUGGUGAUUCAGUGAUUCUUAAUUGACCUUCAAGAUUGUGGCAUUCUUUCAUUGGAAUAGCACCUGAAUCUCCUGAGGGAGGUUUGUGUAAUUUUACAAACUUUAGGGGAGGCUAGUGAAAUUGUCGGAAACCUCAAGGGAGGUUUCUGAAAUUACCCCCAUAAAAAAAAAACAAGAGAGUCCGCCCCAUUGCCUGGAAAGCCCAAAGGAAGAGAGUAACAAUGGAAGAGGGGCCCAAUCUGCAAGCUGCCGGCUCAUUAUCGUCGACCACUCGCGGCGGAGGCCUUACGGAGAAGGAAUGCGAAGACAUGAUACAAAGAAGCCUCAGAACGCCGAUGGUGAAAUUCCUGAAAGAGCAAAUGGAGAAAUCAGGAUGUAGGUUCGGGGACAACUUCAUACGGGCUGUCCAUUGUGAUAAGCAGAUCGCUGGCGGUUACGUUCGUGGCGAAGGGAUAAUGGUAUGUAGUAAUCACAUGAACAUUCAAGAUGAGGUGAACCAAGUGGUGAUCCAUGAGCUGAUUCAUGCAUAUGAUGACUGUCGAGCUGCUAACUUGGACUGGACUAAUUGUGCUCACCAUGCUUGCAGUGAGAUUCGUGCUGGCCAUCUCAGUGGUGAUUGUCACUACAAGCGUGAGUUUCUACGGGGUUUUAUGAAGGUACGAGGUCAUGAACAGGAUUGUGUGAGACGAAGAGUAAUGAAAUCUGUGAUGGCUAAUCCAUAUUGCUCCGAAGCGGCUGCUAAAGAUGCCAUGGAAGCUGUUUGGGAUGUUUGUUACAACGACACUAAGCCGUUUGACAGAGCUCCUUGAUAUAUUUACCAUUGCUACUUGUUCGGAGGAAAUUAAGCUGCACGCCAACUGUCCUGAAGAAACAGUUAUCCUGCCUAAUUUUUUUUUUUUUAAUCUAUCAUAAUCUUGAGUUGGAGGGGAACCUAAAGAGGCUAUGCACAAGGGACUAGCAGGUAUAAGAACCUAACUAAACCAAAAGGAUGUUCUGACACUUUCUUUGAAUUUUUUCACUACAAGUGGAAUUUGAACCUCCAACCUUUAGUCCCUUUUUGGUGGCUGGCUCAGUGGUUAGUUAUCUUGUCCUACUGGAUUCUCGCUUUUAAGUAGAGAAUGUCAUUACAGAGUUUUGUUUUGGAUCACAGAAAAUACAUAUAAGACAAAACAUUCGUUUUCUAUAAAUUGUUCGUGUAAUUAUUUAACUGAGGCCUGAAGAAGCAUCAAAGCAUUCUUGAGA